AUGUUAGCGGUCGGGCAAAUGGAGGCUAACCGGCAGAGUGCUUUCGUCCUGGGCAGCACCCCGCUGGCGGCGUUGCACAACAUGACCGAGAUGAAGACUUCCCUGUUCCCGUAUACGCUGCAGCAGAGCCCGGCGGGCUUUAAGGCGCCCCACCUCUCCAGCCUUAACUCCCAGAUGGCCGGGGGGACCCCGCACGGAAUAAGCGACAUCCUUGGGAGACCCAUCACCUCGGCUGGACAGCUGCUCUCCGGCUUCCCCAGGAUAAACGGCCUGGCCACCACCGCAGCCGCCGCGGCGGCAGCAGCAGCGGGGAUGUACUUCACCCCGGCGAUGUCGCGGUACCCGAAGCCGCUGGCCGAGCUGCCGGGGAGGGCGCCUAUCUUCUGGCCCGGGGUGAUGCAGGGUUCUCCCUGGAGGGACCCGCGAGUUCCUUGUCCUUCUCAAGCUAAUAUGAUGUUGGAUAAGGAUGGAAAGAAGAAACACUCCAGACCGACCUUUUCAGGACAGCAGAUUUUUGCACUGGAAAAAACCUUCGAGCAGACGAAAUACCUGGCCGGCCCAGAGAGAGCCCGCCUGGCUUACUCUUUAGGAAUGACCGAGAGUCAAGUCAAGGUUUGGUUUCAGAACAGAAGAACCAAAUGGCGGAAGAGACACGCAGCAGAAAUGGCCACGGCCAAGAAGAAGCACGACUCCGAGACGGAGAAGAUGAAGGAGAGCUCGGAUAACGAGGACGACGACGAGUACAACAAACCCCUGGACCCAAACUCAGACGACGAAAAGAUCACGAGACUGUUGAAAAAGCACAAGGCCAGCAACCUGGCGCUGAUCAGCCCCUGCAGUAACAGCUCGGACACCUUGUGAUGCACUCAUUAUUAUUAUUUUUUUUAAUCCCCUUUCCACCUGACACUGCGAACAUGCGACUGGGGGGUGGGGGGGGGGCGGGGGGAGUGGUCGCAUUGUGCUCUGACAGAGCAAGAAAAAUGCGUAAAAACCGAGUAAGACGCACGGAAGACGCGCUCACCAAAACAUGGCCAGAGACGCAUUUGGCUGCAUCCAAACCACCCCACC